UCUUCAAAAGCGAUGAUCUCAAAACAGGGAAAAGUCUUCAAGAACUUUUGUAUCCUUUACUGAUUACCGAGUCAAAGAAGAACAAUGUUUUGCUCAACUCAACGCUGCAAUACCUCCUCGACUUCCCUGACUGGCCACGCUCUUUCGUCAGGUUAAGUUUUAGUUUGAGGGGAAAUGAAAAUUCAACGGUCCAUACCAUCGAAUUUGAUGAGAUGGUCGGAGAAGCGAAAAAAUCCUUUGAAAAAGGUCAAGUUUGGCUCAUGAGUUCCGUUGCCGGAUCCGGAAAGACGACAGUUCUUAAAGAAAUCAAUUACCAGCUCGGGAAAUCAAACCCUGACUUGAAAAUUUUGUAUAUCUCACUGAAGAAACACUCGAUAAUCAUUUUGAAAAUUCCCAGAGUAGUUCAAUUCCUUGCACAUGCAACACAUCAUUCCACAGACGAUAUCAAAUUGUGGAUUGAACAGAAAAGAGCUGUGGUUUUCUUUGACGGAUUCGAUGAAAUCUGUCCUAUUCUCAGAGAAAACGUUAUCACAUUGUUGCAUGCUUUGAAAGAAAGGCAAGUUCCCAUGUUUAUCGCAACGAGACCUCACGAAGCUGAAGUAAUCAAGGAACGAAUAAAUUGCGAUGUAUUUGUAGGCGUUGAACCUCUGAACGAAGAUAAGCAAAUCGAGUUCUUGAAGGUUGUUGCGGGAAAGAAUGAAGAAGAAUGCAAACAGUUCAUAGGUGAUUUUGAGGAGAAGGAUAUUCUGGAGAAUCCGUUGCACCUUUCAUUAAUAGCCUCAAGCAAAAGCGAAGGAAAUUUGUAUCAAAUUUUCGCAAAGGUUGUUGAAAAGAAACUUGAGUUCUGCUUAGUGAAGGACGGAUACAACAUUGAAGACAAGACAAAUUUCCACCUAAAGAUGGCAUUGGCUUCGAAUCUUCUUCAACUGAUUGCUUUACGCUUCCUGAGGAAUGAGAGUCUGAUUGGACACGGAAUUAGUAAGGAAGAUUUGGAAAAGAUGAACGAUUACGGUGUCGCGACUGUUCUGGAUGGAGAAGUAACGUUUUUGCAUCAGACCUUUGCUGAAUUCCUGGCCACAAAGCAAUUCUUGAAGGAAUUUGAUUCAUCGCAAGCACUGGAUUCAGCGCUAUUCCAAGACGGUACUUCUGCGCAGUGCAGGAAGUUUUUGGACUUAUUUUACUGUACUCAGGAAAAAGAGGAAACAGAAGAUCUGAGAAAUCACACGGAGGCUCUAGUAGCUGUCGCCAAAUCAAUUGGUCCUGUUAUUUUCUUGAAGAGGGUUGUUGAAGAUAAUCUAAGACAGGUUUUUAGAAUGGUUAAGCCCCGAAUUUCGUUUAACGCAGAACUUGAUUCUUCAAUUUGCAUAGAAAAAAGCCCAGAACUGUUGAUGAGUGCAAUUGGCAAUGAUGAAAUCGCUAUUCAACUACUGGAAAUGGGUGUUGUUGAUACGACAGGAUUGAAAAAAGUUCUGCCUGAUUUGCUGCGGAAAAUUGAAGUGAAUAAUGCGAUUAUCAUCCUGGAAAAAUUGAGAUUGGAAUUUUCGGAUCUUCCAAAUUUGAUUGUAGACUGCUACUCCACUGUUUCUGAAACGUGCGAAAGGCUGAAGAAAGUAGGGUUUGCAGCAAUUCGACAAGAUUUUGACAUACUUCUCGAUAUGCUCAUCCAGAUUGGAAUACGUGCUGUUGAUGCAUUUGAAGAAGAAGAAAACAGUCUCUUUACGGCGUGCAGAUAUGGAAGUGUCAAGUGCUUGAGAGUUCUGCUCAAACACGGAGCUCAAAAAAUAUUAUAUGCUAGUACCCAAUAUGAUCCAUUGAAUGUGGCCACAGAAUUUGAUCAUUUGGACAUUGCUAUUGUCCUUAUGGAAGAAAAACCCAGCUUAUUCAAGCGAGACGAAUCUACAUUGGUUCUCGAUGGUUUGCAGGAUGUUUGGAAUCCUUUUCAAUAUGCUGUGAUGUACGGACGAAAAGAAAUAGCCACCUAUUUGCUAUCAAUGUGCCCAGGUUUGAUUGAUAUUGCAACGAAGGACGGAAAAAACCCUAUGCACUUGGCAGUUAUUAUGAGAAAAUGGGACGUUCUGGAAUGGCUAGCACAGUUACCAAACAUCGAUAUCAAAUCUUUGAUCCCUGACAGAGAAAUAAAAUACUGGUCGCAAUUCGAGCGUGAAAAUCAUGAGCACUUCUUGAUGCUAAAAGGCGGAGUCAAUGAAAAGGAUAAAAAGGGGAGAACAGUCCUUCAUUACGCUGCAAAAUACGGUUAUACAGAUCUCGUUGCAAAGUUCAUCGAGGCAGGUGCUGACAUCGAUGCUGAGGACAUUGACGGCUGGAACGCAUUACACUUUGCAUGUCUCCAUGACAAAAAUAUUGAAACAAUUAAUCUACUACAUUCACGGAGUAAACACCUUGCUAGAAGAAAGACAAAAGAAGGAGAAACAUCUCUUAUUAUUAUGGCAAAAUAUUGCAACAUAAAUGAUUUUGGAAGAGCUGCUACGAGAGAUAUAAGAAUCGCGAGGUUUUUGGUUGAAGACGUUGGAGUCGAUAUAAAAGCCAGGGAUGUCCAUAAGUAUAAUGCUGCUGGAAUAGCUGCCACCAGAGGACUAGAAAAAUUAUCCUUGUUGCUACGAGCAGAUGAAUGCAUUUCUCUUCCAUCCGAAAGUGACACUUACAAUUCGUCGGUGUAUUUUUCAAUGUCAGAACCUGGAGAUUUACAAUCACUGCAGCAAUGGAUUCAACAAGGUGGAGAUUUAACCCUGAGAGAUGAAUAUGGACAAACGGCAUUGCAAUUAACAGAGAGGAAAGGAAAGUUUAGAUUAACACAUAAGAAAAGCAAACCUAAACUCAAUGUAAAGUACGAAGAAAGAAACAGUGAGGUCUCGCUUUUACUUGCCUGUAAACAAAAGAAUUGGGAUAAGGUUAAAAAUUUGCUUGAAUCCAAGAAUUUGAGCAUCAAUAGGCAAGAUAAAGAUGGCAAAACAGCUCUACACUAUGCCGCAAAAGAAGGAAAUUUGGGUAUCGUUCAACAGUUGCUUAGCCAAAGAGCUGAUGUUCAAUUAAAGGAUCACAAUGGAUGGACAGCAUUGCAUUACGCCAUUCUUACAAACAAUCAAGAUUUAGUACAAAAGCUGCUUGACAAUGGUGCUGAUAUCGAAUCAAAAACUAAUAGGAAAGAGACCGCCCUGCACCUCACAGCAUACAAAAACUUUACAGGAUUAACGCAAAAAUUGAUUGACUGUGGCGGGGACGUAAAUUCAAAGAACGAUCAUGGUUUGACAUGCGUUAUCUUCGCCACAGUUAAUAGAAAUCGAGAUUUGUUGGAAGUACUGUUGAAAAAUAAUGCUAACGUAAACGCUAAAACCAGGUUUUUAGGAUAUACUGCUCUACAAAUUGCAGUAUUUGAAGACUAUCCUGAAAUUUUGGAAAAGUUAGUCGAUUUCGGGGCAGAUGUGAACUUAAAAAAUGAUGAUGGAUGGACUCCUCUGCACUUUGCUGCUAGGUAUAAACCAGAACUGUGUCAAAAGCUGCUGGACCAUGGUGCUGAUGUAAAUUCAAUAGACCAAGAUGGAUGGACUCCUCUGCAUUUUGCUGCCAGGUUUAAUCCACAAAUAUUUCAAACGCUUCUGGAACACGGUGCUGAUGUGAAUUUAAAAGAACGAGCUGGAUGGACGGCUCUCCAUUUUGCUGCAAGGUAUAAUCCAGAUCUUUGUCCAACGCUGCUAGAACAUGGAGCUGAUGUCAAUUUAAAAAACAAUAAUGGAUGGACAGCUCUGCACUUUGCUGCAAGGUAUAAUCCAGAUCUUUGUUCAGAGCUGCUAGAACAUGGAGCUGAUGUCAAUUUAAAAAACAAUAAUGGAUGGACAGCUCUGCAUUUUUCAGCAAGGUAUAACCCAGAACUUUGUCAAAAGCUAAUAACCCAUGGAGCUGAAGUGGAUUUAAGAGGACAAGAUGAGUGGACCCCUCUGCACUAUGCUGCAUUAUUUCAUCCAGAACUGGUUCAACAGUUGGUCGAUCACGGCUCUGAUGUGAAUUUAAGAGAAAAAGAUGGAUGGACAGCUCUGCACUUUGCUUCGGUGCCCAAUCCAGAUCUGGUUCAAAACUUGCUAGAGCAUGGUGCUGAUGUAAAUUUAAUACAACAAGUCGGAUCCUUUCCCCCAAUCUUCUCUGCAAGGCACAAUCCAGAAGAGAGUCAAAAUUUGAUUGAUCACAGUGCUGAUGGGAAUACCAAAGAUAUAUUUUGGUGUUCAGCUCGGCACUCUGAUGCGAGAUAUGAUCCAGAACUGAGUCAAAAGCUGAUGGACAAUGGUGCUGAUGUUAAUUUAAAAAUAAUUAACGGCUGGACAGCUCUGCACUUAGCCGCAUUAUAUAAUCCAGAACUGGUUCCUAAGCUGCUAGACCACGGUGCUGAUGUUAAUUCAAAAGACAAAGACGGAAGGACAGCUCUGCACUUUGCUGUAAGGUAUAAUCCAGAGCUGAGUCAAAAACUGCUAGACUAUGGCGCUGAUGUGAAUUUAAAAACACAAGAUGGAUGUUCAGCUCUGCACUAUGCUGAAAGGUAUAACCCAGAAUUAUUGCAAACCCUGCUAGACCACGGCGUUGAUGCAGUUUCAAAAUUACAAAUCGAAUGGAAAGCGCUGAACCUGGCAGAUGACGUGCAAUAAAUCAAUUCAAAAGCUUCUCGUGAAAGGCGCUGAUGUCAAUUUACUACACUGCGAUGGAUGCACCGCCCUGAAAGACGUCGAAACGGUCCAAUUCCUUCACAACCAAACGUUUCUGAAGAAAAUCACUAAAAACGGAAGCACCUAUUUGCACCUGGCAGUCAUUCGCGGCUUAACCAAAGUGAAUCGUUGGCUCGUUGAAGACGAAAUCUAAGUCGAUUUGAACAAAAGCAAUGAGCUUGGUUUGACCGCUCUUUUGCUUGCAUGCUGUAGAAAUAUGUCGGAGGUCGUAGAACUUUUGGUGGACAACAAUGUGGACAUCAGCAAACCAAACCGAGCGGGCAAAACUGCUCUGAACUACGCUGAAGAAUUAGGACAUUUUGAACUAGUGGAAAAACUGUGUGUUGAGCGAUACUGACAAUGAUUUGAUUGUUAUAUCAGAGCUUUGUAUUGCACUGUAAAUAAAAAAAUAUGUGUGUUUAUUCUUUGUAGAAUGUAAGGGUGUAAUUAUGUUCAAAUUAUAAUUAUUAAAAAACAAUAUUUUGGAUUUUUAUUAGUACUUUAAUGAGCAUAUAUUUAAAA